AUGGCUCGUACCAAGCAAACAGCACGCAAAUCCACCGGAGGCAAAGCACCAAGGAAACAGCUAGCCACCAAAGCUGCUCGCAAAUCUGCUCCGGCAACCGGAGGAGUCAAGAAGCCACACAGAUUCAGGCCAGGAACCGUUGCCCUGAGAGAAAUCAGGAAGUACCAGAAGAGCACCGAGCUUCUGAUAAGGAAGCUUCCGUUCCAGAGGCUUGUGAGGGAAAUCGCUCAGGAUUUCAAAACAGAUCUCCGAUUCCAAAGCAGCGCUGUCUCUGCUCUCCAAGAAGCGGCUGAAGCUUACCUUGUUGGUUUGUUUGAAGACACUAACCUCUGCGCUAUUCAUGCCAAGAGAGUUACCAUCAUGCCCAAGGAUAUUCAACUUGCACGCAGAAUCAGAGGCGAGAGGGCUUAG